CCAAGUCAAAUUCAGACCAAUAAUGAACAUACAAAGAAAGGAAAUGCUCAAGUUGAGGUGAACUACAGUCAUGUUUGCGGCAGCAACGAAGAACUUUGUGAAGCAGGUGGGCAACACUGGACGGCUGGUCCCUGUGCCUAGUCUAAGUGAAGCGGACCGAUAUCAACCCCUCAGCUUGGUGACGAGGAAGAGGAGACGACAUUUCUGGAAGAAGACCAAAUAUGCCACAACCCCCUUCUCCCUGAAAGACAUACUUGUGGGAGAGAAAGAGAUCACAGCAGGGGUCUCCUCAUAUCAGCUCCUGAACUAUGAAGACAAGUCUGAUGUUUCCCUAAAUGGGCGUUUGGGCAACCAUCUGAUCCACGAGGUGGGAGUAAACGUGAGUGGUUCAGACUCUGUGGCGGUAAAGGCCUCAUUUGGAAUUGUCACCAAACAUGAGGUGGAGGUUCCUACAUUACUGAGGGAGCUCAAUGCAAGGAAAGUUGACCUUGAUCACUGCUUGAUCCGUCAGUCCAAAGAGAAUGGACGCACUGUCCUGUGCAUUGUCAUGGAGAGCAUUCGCACCACACGACAGUGUUCCCUCACCGUCCACGCUGGAAUGCGUGGGACGACCAUGAGGUUCCAGAUAGAUGACGGUCGAAAUCCUAAAGGGCGAGAUAAAGCCAUUGUUAUUCCGGCCCACACGACCAUAGCAUUCAGUGUGCUCGAGCUUUAUGUGCGUCUUGAUGGACGUCUUGACAUAUGUGUAGCACCAGAGUCAAUGGGAGGGUUUGAGAGGGAACAGAUACGUGACCAGCUCGGGGGAUUCAUUGGCCGCUUUUCCUUUGGAAGACUCAGGAGAUUCCUGUCUGGAAUCAUCUAUGGGAAUCCGUUCAGAGCAGAUGACAGGACAUUUGAAGAGCUCACUCACUCUGAUAUGUACAUGGACGAUGUUGUGACGGACUACUACGAGAAGGCUGCCAGCAUGACUGACCUGUCCACGGCCUACCUGCGGGAUGAGAAGCACAUCCGUGUAAAUCUGCUCAACCAUAACAUACCUAAAGGACCGUGCGCCCUGUGUGGCAUGGGGCAUCAGAAGCGCGAGACUGUCUAUGGCUGCCUGGAAUGCUCUUCAGGGGGACACAAAUACGUCCGCCUCCACGCUGUACCAUGUUUUGACCUCUGGCACAAAACCUUGAGGUGAGAAAUGGCAUGGAGGAACUCCCAGGCUGAUUUUCAAGCAGACCUUGUGCAAUAUGACCACAAGAUGUAAAACCAUCAUCUUUUAUUUCAGAAAAAAACACAAUAAUUAUCUUUGCUCAGUGUUAGUGGCACUGACAUUGUAAACCAAUGAUUUGUAACCAAACAAAUGAUUGUAAACCAACAAAUUCAAAAGAGUUUGACCUCAAUCUGAUUAUUUAUUAAGCGAUUAGUUUUAUCGUUUAUAUAUUUUUUCCUUGUUUGAAUGAGAUGUCAUUAUACCCGUUGCAUCUUAGUUGUUAAAUAAUAAUUAAAGAUAAAGUAGGACCAAUAAUUAGUUUCAUAAUUGUAAAACAGAAAAAAAACACAUAAUACAGUAUAUUAAUAAUACAAAUGGAAACAGACUGAUCUAAGACACAAAACCUGGUGCUAAAUGUUUAUGUACUGUAUUGUUUACAUAUUGUCAGUUACGUUCAUUUAUAUCAGUUUUGAAAUGCCAUUCAAAUGGGCAAGAUAAGAGAUACGCAAGGGCAAAAAGCUAGGGCAGAGAUAUUAGUUUCAUCACGUGAAGACCAUCUGCUGUGUUUUUGAACACACUGGACCGUCUAAAUAAUUCAGGCCUAUCAAUAAAUUAGCCUGUAGAUCACGUGAUGGCAGAGCAGGAAGUACAUCACUGACAGUUGUCUCCUGUGAACAGAACAUUACACCAUCGAACUGUUUCCAGAGAGUGUGUGAAGUGAGGGCAAGGAUAGUGCAAGGUUACAUUUGUGUGCUUAUUUGACAACUGGUGGCCCUACUGGUUAGAAUAGUGUCAUGGAUGGAAAAAAAAAAUGUAAACUGUUGAUUGUAUAACACAGAAUGUCAAAAGCACAUAUUAAAAGACUGCCUCCACAAA